CCAGUGUAGACAGCGAUGAGACACCAAGGAUUUGGCAAUCUCCAAAAAGCGUCCUUAUUAGGAUUAGGCAAUGGAGGGCCGUGUGCAAUUUCGGCCUAUAUAAGAAGAGAUUUUUUUGAAAAUCUUCAUGACGAUUGUGUCAAUUCAAUUGGGACUAUGAAAGCUGUAAUUGUUAUUCUGUUUUUGGGAGUUUUGCUCCAUCAAACCUAUGGUGCAUUGAUCACCCGUGCACAAUGGGGAGCUAGGGCACCAACGGGAACUAGUAAAUUCUCGGGGGUCAUUCCAUACGUUGUUAUCCAUCACUCUGUAUCUCCUGGAGUGUGUAGCACUACCGAUGCUUGUAAGACUGCCAUGAGGUCCAUGCAGAACUAUCAUAUGAAUACCAACGGAUGGGCAGAUAUUGGAUACAGUUUUGCUGUUGGUGGUGACGGUAAUAUCUACGAAGGUCGUGGUUACAACGUCGUUGGAGCUCACGCCCCAGGUUACAACAGCCAAAGUAUUGGUCUCCUUUUGAUUGGCGACUUCAGCAAGAGCAAUGCUCCAGCUAAUAUGGUCACUGCUGCUAAGAACUUCAUCUCUUCUGCUGUUUCUGCUGGAAAGCUCUCCUCAACUUAUAAAUUGAUUGGACACAGGCAAGCUCUUGCCACCGAAUGUCCUGGAGAUAAAUUGUAUGCUCAAAUCAAAACCUGGUCUCGCUACACUGCUAACCCUUAAGUGGCAUAAUUUUGAUGUUUGAUUUUUCAUAUGAAUAAAGUGGUGGAAAUUUGAUGAUGGAA